ACUGGACCUCGACUCACAGCGCGGACGUCCCACAGCUGAACAAGUCCUAAGUCUACUGCUCAGAAAGACCCUUAGUGAAGUUGUCCAGCUCCUAGUUGCUCUUCCACUUCUCCAUCCUCCUUUUCAUCAUCAUCAUCAUCAUCAUCAUCAUCAUCUGUGUGUCCUAGAAGCUUUUAAAGGUCAUGGCGGGCAUCACGCUCCUCCUCAGAGUCUUCAUGCUUCUGCUGAUCGGAGGGACGGUUCUUCUGAGCGGCACCCCAGCCCAACGGAUCAGAGUUCGCCGUCAGAACAUGAAGGUCCGGAUCAACGCCACGGGCGACACCAUUGUCAUGAAGUUUGUGCGUCCGAGCCAGGACGUGAAGCUGGAGGGCUACAUCCUGGGAUAUGGAAGGAGUGUUUUCUCCAAACAGUUCAUCCAGCUGCCAGAGAACGGCCAGAUGUAUGAAACAGAGCUAGAUGCUGAACCAAAGUAUCUGGUUGCUGUCCAGCCCAUUCCAGUCAAAGAUGGGAAGAAGCACUGCACAGGUAAGGUGAACCUGGAGAAGCCUCUCCACUUGGUGAUUGGGUCCAUCAGUCCCACGGCGGUGCUGCUCUCCUGGGGGAACCACCUGAAGACGCCGUAUGAGAAAAACAUCAUGAACGAAUGUCUGGAGGACGGAUUCUACACCAUCCGAUACAGGGAGAGGAACAGGAAGUGGAUCUACCAGACGUGUCCAACCAGCGACACGGUGAUCGAUCACCUGAAGCCCGACACCCAGUACGAGUUUGGGGUUCGUUCCAACAAGGAUGAUCGCAGCGGCCUUUGGAGCAAGCCGGUCAUUCACAACACCAACAUGGGCAAUAAAAAGAUCCAGAAACCAUACAAGCCCCGUAAGACUGUGGCAAACUCGAAAUUUCACAGUGCCUUCCCUCCUCCCCCCGCUCUACAAAACAGAACUAGGACUCGAGUGCAGCCAGGUUACAGCAAGCAGGUUAACCCUGGUGCAGCACGGACCUCUUCUGAGUCCCCUGAGAGCCAGCAGGAAACUCUCCCUCUGCCCGGCUCCUCUGAGCCCAAAUCUUCUGCCGAGUUGCCCGAAAAAGGAAACAGUCUUAGAAUCAACAGAACCCGGCCUGCAGACCGUCUGACUCCUGCCCUCCCCAAGCUGCUGCCAAGCACCACCCCUCGCACCAACAUCACUGCCUCCCCCAUCACUAACCUCCCCUCCAAUGGCGACUCACUUCAUGGGCAGACUACCAAGGCCCCCAGUAGGGCACCAGAGAAGCACCCUAACACUGCGGCUGCUGUCAGAGCUCAGGAUGGCUCAUCAUUGCUGAGGUCAGCGCUGGCCACUGAGCGGGUCAGACCUUCCACCUGGGGUGAAAGCAGCAGAAAUGUGAGCCCAUCACUCCCAGUGAAAACCUCCAGCCCAGCAGCUUCCCCAGUGUCCAUGAGGAACCCCCUCUUUCCCUUCUCUAACAGCUUCAGACAGCUCCACUCUCCUUCUAGAUCCAGUAGCUCCUCUCCAACAUCUGGGAUACUUGGGGUGAACGGACAGCCUCGCCGGGGCAUUUCUUCCCCCAAACUGACCAUAUGGCCCAGAGCUCGACUGGUCAACAACUCGGUGACGGAGAACCGGAAGCCUGGCAUUCCUUCUGUGUUUGGUCGUUCACGUGCUUCCAUGGAGGAGCAGCAUCAUGGGUCUUCUGUUCGCACAGCUCUCAACAGCAGGCCAAACGAUGUAAGAAAACCUGGAGAAACUGACAAGGUGAACCGCCCGGAGAAAAGUGGAAACCCGGAAACCCUGAAAGUUAAAGUCCAAGCUGGAACGACCAAACCAACAAAACAGGAACGCAGACAAACAAUCAGUACUGCGGCACCAACAGCCGUGACUCGACAGGAAAGCUGGGAGGAUUCUGACCUUUUCAAGUCGCAACCAACGUCUGAUGUUGAUGCGCUGGGAAAGAAGCGUUAUGUGGCUCCUCAUGUGGUCUACAAAACCGGUAAGAAGCCUGAUGAACCGUGCUCCAUCACCUCCUCCCUUAACUACUUCCCUGAAGAUGAGCCUGGAGAGGUGAAUGUGACAUCUCCUCCAAGGAAUCCACCUUCCAACCUCACUGUGGUGACGGUGGAGGGAUGUCCUUCCUUCAUCAUCCUGGACUGGGAGAAACCCGACAACCACACCACCGAAUAUGAGGUCAUUUCCACUGCCAAAGGACCAGAUGGAGAACGGGUUUCCAUCCUAACUACCAACCAGACUCACACUGCAGUGGAGAACCUCAAUCCUGAGAGCAGUUAUGAGUUCAAGGUGAAGCCGAAGAACGAGCUGGGAGAAGGUCCGCUGAGCGAACCAGUGUCCUUCAACACAGAGUCUGCCGAUCCGCGCGUGAGCGAGAACGUCUCAGGAAAAGAUGCCAUCUGGACUCAGUUCCCUUUCAAGACGGACUCGUACUCUGACUGCCACGGCAAGCAGUACGUGAAGAGGACCUGGUACCGCAAGUUUGUGGGAGUCCAACUGUGUAACUCGCUGAGGUACAAGAUCUAUCUGGGCGAAACACUGAACGGUGAAUUCCACAACAUUGGUGAUCAGAGCGGCUUUGGUGAGGACCACUGUCAGUUUGUGGAUUCCUUCCUGGAUGGGCGAACAGGCAGACAGCUCAGAGCGGACCAGCUCCCCUCCAGGAAUGGUUUCUUUAGAGCUUUGCGCCAGGAGCCCGUCAACUUUGGACUGAUAGGUGGACAUUCCCACAUCAACUACGUCUCCUGGUAUGAAUGUGGAACGCCAAUCCCUGGGAAAUGGUAAACGGGCUGUGAUCCACAAGAAAGGAACUUGUUGCCCUCAGCUGGGGGCAGAAAAAGCAUGGGUGGGGCUUAAAGCAGCUGGACCCGGAGCUUGUUACCCAGUGCUGUAAAAACCAGAACAUGUACAGGACUUCCUCAUCAGGGAACUGUAAGGAGAGCAUUUGUACAACUAUAGCGAACAUGCCUCCUCCCUAUUUAUCAAGAACCAGUGCUACAGUGAUGUUAGAGCUGGAAAAACUCAACUUAGAUAUAUUUUAUUUUUUGUUAAAUCAUGGGAAGCUGGCUCCCUGGAAGGUGUUAUUUAUCCAAAGGUCUUUGGUCUCAUUUGUUCAUGUUUGCUGACAGGCAGGAAGUGAAAGGGGGGGUUGGUAAA